AUGUCUCUAAACGACUCAUUCUGUGCUGACUACAAGACUACGCCUAACGGGACCAUCUCGAUCCAGCUGUUCAACUGUUCUGCCCCUCAGAACGAAGACUACUUGGACUACUCUGAGAUUGAAGAGUGGCAGCGCUUGGCCAUGAUGGCGUACAACAUCAACAUGAACUACUUGUGGUUUGUGUUCGCCCUGGGCUUCCCCGGAAACCUGGCGACCAUAGUGACGACAAUCAAGAUGGCCGCCGUGGGCCCGCCGUCUCUGUACGUGCUGAUGCUGGCGAUCGUAGACAACCUGGCCAUCACCGUGAAGCUGCUGUACCACCAGCUGGUGCUGCACGGCGUCGUGCUCGGUGCCGAGGGCUGCAAGACGCUGACGUUUCUCGGAAGUUUUUUGGUUGCCAUGGCCAACUGGAUCCUGGUGUUUCUAGCCGUGGAGCGGUUCCUUGCAGUUCACUUUCCGCUGACGCGCUCGGCGUCCAAACGCUGUCGGAUACGGAAAGCGACGCUCAGCGUGUCCUUUGUCGCAUUGGUUCUGUUUUGUAUUUUCCUCCCUCUCAUCUGGACGCACUCGUACAUCUACGACGAGAGAAACAACCGGAUGUACUGCGGGGUGGUGAAGACGUACGAGCACUUCAUACGGACGGCGUGGUACUGGAUAGACUCGAUCGUCUACGCCAUCAUUCCCUGCACGCUGCUCUUCGUCUUCAACAUCCUCAUCAUCCGAGACGUCCGGCACUCCCUGCUGACGCAUAUCAUCCUCACCAACAACAAUGGCUGCACGCGAGGACAGCUGUUUCAUCUGCAGGUGACGGCGAUGCUCCUCACGGUGUCUGUAGUGUUCGUCGUGCUCAUUCUGCCCAUAUGCAUCUACUUCAUCCUUGACCCUUACUGGGUCGUGCAGAUCUACACGGUGGCAGACGGCCGGAAGCAGCUGUUCAGGCAGUGCGCAUUCCUCCUGUGUGACAUGAGUCACGCGAUUAACUUUUAUCUCUAUUUUCUAAGUGCCAGGAACUUUCGGCGGCGGUUCUUACAUAUGUUCAUUUGCAAAUCGUGUGACGAGAAAAGACGCCACAGCACGGGAAUUCGGUCCAACCCAAUGUAUUACAUGUAAUCCGCAGUCACUCUAUUGCUGGACACCUCAGCACAUUUUAAACUACGGAUAUUUGGUGUCUAACAUAUGACUAUUUCAACAGUUGGUUAAGCGAAAGAGAAACGGAAAUCCAGUUGGGGCCACAUGCUACUCUUGUCGAAAAUGCAUUUAGCAUUUUCAUAUGCACUUUUCCUUUGACAGGACAAUACAGAACAAGGCUUUUCAUAUGCCAAUCGUGGUGCAGUAAUUUGAAUAGGAAAUAAACCGAACUCGUAGCUGGCAGUCGAUCCUGCGACCCAUAGCACUUCAGGCGGGCACUUUAACACUGAUCUACAUCCUGUUCGAGUGGGUCACACUUCAGGCGGGCACUGUAUCAUUGAUCUAAAUCCGGCCCCAGUGGGCCGUACGUUUAUACUAUAGAUCAUGUGCAGAGCGAUGAAAUAGUCACCUCCAAGACUAAAGUAACCCUCAAAUUUCAAUAAAAAUGGUACCAAAAAACCCCAUGCGUUUCAUAAAUGAUCGAUGUUAUGUUUUGUGGGAUAUCAUUUGGAAAGUGCAGCUUCAAAAAUUUUGAAAUGUCCCGAACGAGUUUGGUUGAAGCUCGAGAGAGAUCCCGGAAAUAGUUGAUGACUCCGAGAUUGGUAACGACAAUCCAAUU